AUGCAAAUUUUCGUCAAGACACUCACGGGCAAGACUAUCACCCUGGAGGUGGAGUCCAGCGACACUAUUGACAACGUCAAGACCAAGAUCCAGGACAAGGAGGGCAUCCCCCCAGACCAGCAACGUCUUAUCUUCGCCGGAAAGCAGCUUGAGGACGGUCGGACCCUGUCCGACUACAACAUACAGAAAGAGUCCACCCUCCACCUCGUCCUCCGCCUCCGUGGUGGUAUGCAGAUCUUUGUGAAAACUUUGACCGGCAAGACCAUCACUCUUGAGGUCGAGUCCAGCGAUACCAUCGACAACGUCAAGACCAAGAUCCAAGACAAGGAGGGCAUCCCCCCAGACCAGCAACGUCUUAUCUUCGCCGGAAAGCAGCUCGAAGACGGUCGGACCCUGUCCGACUAUAACAUCCAGAAGGAGUCUACUCUUCAUCUCGUCCUUCGUCUGCGUGGUGGUAUGCAGAUUUUCGUAAAGACAUUGACCGGCAAGACAAUCACAUUGGAAGUCGAGUCUUCAGAUACCAUUGACAACGUUAAGACAAAGAUCCAAGACAAGGAGGGCAUCCCUCCAGACCAGCAGCGACUCAUCUUCGCUGGAAAACAGCUUGAGGACGGCCGGACGUUGUCGGACUACAACAUCCAGAAGGAGAGUACGCUCCAUUUGGUUCUCCGGCUGCGUGGAGGAAACUAG